CACCAGCACUGCCCAAAUCUCCCUGCUGUGCACUGAUGGUUGUUUGCACCCUAGGGUCAAAUAUAUGCAAAGAAAUCUUAUCAUCUAAGGACUAAAUAUCUGAAACACCCAUCUUCUGUUGACUACAUCUUGGCAAGGGGUCUCAACAGGAAGAUGAAGACAAAGACAUCCAGUAACUCACACCUGACCUUCCCUGUCAUGAUUAUCUUCUCCCUGUGGCUGCAAACGAGUGCAAAUCACACAGGUUACCCACACCUCAGAGAAGAAACCUGGAGUCCCAUCAGCCAAAACCUCAGUGGGAGCCAGAACAGGACAGAACCAAGCACAAAGUCUCCUCCUCUGAGCCUCAAUUUCACCAGCCAAAUGACUACUUUUGAAAUGCAAAGUACCCUGCCAUCCUUCUCCUCCACCAUGACUCAAAAUGCAACCUCCCCUGCCCCAAGAGUAGUUUCCCCCACAGGAGGACUGGGGAAAGGCAGCAAACCCAAGAGCCCAAUGACUAAAGAAACCUGUGAAGACAAUAAGUCUCUCAUACUAAUUUGCUUCAUUACCAUUGCAGUUCUUGUGCUCAUCUGCACCUCCCUGUUUCUAUCCACAGUCAUAGUAGCCAACAAAAUCUCCUAUCUCAAAAGAGCCCAGCAGGGCAAACGCAGGCCCAGGAGCAAUGGAGACCUCCUGGCCACCAACAGCUUAUGGCCCACGGCAUCAGGAACGUGGCAGAGGAUGCCCAAGGAGACAAGUGGAACCGAGCUGAUAAUGCAGGAGCUGUUAUCAGGGAGGGAUGCUGUGAACCAAAAGAAAACUGAAGAUGAAACUACUGAGAAACUCACCAAAGCAGCAGAUAAUGAACAAGAAAGCAAAGAACCAUCCCAGUCACACAAACCCAUUUUAACCAAUUUUGUAGUUGAGAUUUAAUUCAUACUCAAGUAAAAAUUCAUUUUUUGCCUUUGUUACACCAUUAAUGUAAGGUAAAAACUUGGAUUUCAAGCAAAAACAAGAAUUUUCCCCCAUGAAAGCUAAAUCCAGAUUUUAGAGUUCUUCCAUUUAUGCCAGAGGGAAUGCUGCAGCCACGUGUGGAUCCAGAAGGAAGUAAGACUGUGUUAAAUGGCUUUCUGUAUGGAGUGUCAAGACUGGUUCUACGGCUUUGAGCAGAAAUCAGGGUGACAGGAGCUGAACAGGAUAAAAGGACAGAACCUGCCCAUGCACAAAGACCACAGAGGGGAACAAGGAACAGACUGUCUGAUCCACACGCUGAACACCAAGAUGCUGCACAGGCAUAAUCAAGUCACUUUUUAAAGAAAACCAUACAUUAGUCACAACUCUGAUUCAACCAUUAAUCCAGGAUCUAGUCCCUCUCAAAAUGCCCUUUUGGAUUUUUCAUCAAGAACUUCUUAAACCAGCUUAAUUGCAUUUGAAGGAGACUGAUUUGAACCAUAUUUACAGUGUUUCAACAUUAUCUAUGAAUAGAUGAAGUUUGUAGUAUUUGCUGGAAUAUGAGAACUUGUUCAAUUUGUUAUCUUCAAUAAACUUGCAAUAUCAGGUUUUAAAUUACA